GACACCAAACAAAACCACCAGAGCUCUCUCAAGGCAUCAGAUACAAGAAGCUAGCACUAGCUCAGUAGAAUCUCACCAGGGAAGCUUCACCUCCUCCAAAGGAUGUCUUCCGGGUCGUCGUCUCGGAGCACCUCGCCGAGCUCCGGCUCGGAGUGGAGCAAGAAGGAGAACAAGAUGUUCGAGGAGGCGCUGGCCUACUACGGUGAGGGCGCCCCCAACCUCUGGGAGAAGGUGGCCAGCGCCAUGGGGGGCACCAAGUCCGCCGAGGAGGUGCGCCGCCACUUCCAGAUCCUCAUCGACGACGUCAACAACAUCGAGUAUGGCCGCAUCCCCUUCCCCAAGUACAAGACCCAGGGCUUCUGGACCUGAAAGGAUAAAGCAGUGUAAACUGCAGUGGACAGUGGACAAAGUUGUACAAACUAGAUCUCUUAGGAAGCAAGCAAUCCAGCAUUGGUUAGAAUAACGAGAGGAAAAGGAGUAUUGUCUAUUGUGUGUACAAAGUAUUGUUAGGUUAUGUACAAGGUUAAGUUUGUCUCUAUGUUGUUGUAGAUUCUCGUCUACAUUCAUGAACUGCGAGUUGUCUGUUAGAGUAUAUUGACAUAUCUCUAUAUUUGCUAGAAUAGGAUUUGCAAUCCAUCUCCUAACUUACCAC